AUGAGGGGAGACAAACAAACAGCUGUUAGUAAACAAUUGAGCUCACUCAACAGGGAUGAUAUAAAGAAGAUAUGCGGCAAAGCUUUCCACAGUGGAAAUCGUUUCCUGUUUUUUAGCAGAUAUUGUGCCAUUAAAGUUCUGAGAGUCUGUGGUGGACUCAGUGAGAGAGCUGUUUUGAUGUGUGAAGGAAAUACUGGAAAGGUACCAUCUGCACUGAAGCAACCAUCACUUGAGCUGCAGCGACUGCCUCUCGUUUUCAAGAAGGUCGAUUGUUCCAGGCGCAACAAACAUUUCCAUAAACUUCUCGUCAGUCACAGCAAACAAAUCCAGCCCCAGUUCAACCAUCAGACGCUCUCGACUACAAAAUAA